AUGGCUGCUGCUCAGAGUGCAACCCAAUCGCGCGGAGAUGCGGAGAUGUUGAAGCAGCCCAUACCCCGGAGCAGCGGUGUGCAAGAGGAAGACAACCAAGAUUCGAUCGGUUCAAACAGUCCGACGCCAACCGGAAUCUCGACUCCACAGCCCGAUCUAGCAGAUAAGCGUCUGCCCUCCCUAAGUUCCAGUUACUUCCAGGUUGGUUCUCCCUCAAAUAAUAACACUCGUCGCCCCAACACCCGGUGUUCUUCUUCUGAGACUCGUGCUUCCGCGUAUUCUUUCCAGUCGGAUAUGUCCGCUGGAGGAGGUCGGGACUCUCAAACUUUUGGUCACAAUUCCUCACCCUCGGACUCCUUUGUCUUGAUGGAGCGCCCGGAGGUUACGGACACCAAGUUAUCUGUCGCUUCGCCGGAUCAGAAUCUUGAGACGAAUAUGAUAGUACCAGAGACAUUACCCCCCACGAACCUACCUACACCCCCGUACCACUCCGCUUGUUCCCUUCUGCAGAAAGAGUCGGAUGAGACUGGAUCUGGUUCUUUUACCUCGGACAGAGGCAUGAGCUCUAUUUUCACUACGUUGAAGAAUUAUCUCUCGCCCGCCGGGAGCAUGUCUUCUUCCGAAUCUCCAGCCCGUCGUCAUACCUCCCUGCCAGUUUCCAGCGUCUCUGACGACCCUGUCCUUGCCACACACUUCUCCAACCCUUCUCUUCCUCCUUACAUGUCAGAUACCCUAUGUUUGGCGGAUGCUCCCCUACUCGAACACGAAAAACCACUUGUCUCUAUAACUUCUGAGAAUCUGGCGAAGCUAACUGGAACCGUGUCGGAUCUUGUGCGCUUUAAGAACACACCCCCACUUACUCCACGGGCCAUGUCCAACGAAGGAUCGCAACUGGACAAGAAGCCGGUCACAUCGCCUCCUCCAGCAUCAAUUCCCGUACCAGCCCAGUCCGGCGACGAAACAAGCUCUACCGACGAGCUUGCCGGGAAGCUCAACGAGGCCUUCCCCCCCGAGAGAGAUACUCCGUCGCCGUCUAAUGGCCCGCCCGUGGCCCCACUGAAGGGCAAGUUGUUUGUCAAGAUUUCCGAGGCCAGGGGAUUGCGACCCGGAUUCGAUCCCUAUGUGGUGUGCGUUUUUGAAUGGAAUGAAGCGAUUUCGAAGAGUGCCAAAGAGGAAGAAGACGCCUCGCUGGAACGGCAGCAAAAGGAACAGGAAAGCUUGGAACCCGAAGCUGGACGGCCGAUGGCGAUCCCGAUGAAAAGUCGACAGAGUAGCAACAACAGCGCGCUAGACGGUCCCGAUUUGAGGGGUGGUCGGGCUCCUGUCACUGAUCCUCAUUGGAAUCACGAAGCGACUUUCGACGUCUUCGGGGACGAGUCGGAAAUUGAUGUGUCCGUCUAUGAUCGGAGCAACCAUGAAGAUUUUCUUGGUCACGUGCGACUAUGCAUUAAUCUGAUGGAAGACAAUAGCCGCCUGGAAGGGUGGUUUCCUUUGGCUUCCCGUGCGGCGGGUGACUCUCAGGUGUCCGGAGAGAUUCACCUGGAAAUGCAUUUCGAGAAGACAGAGAGAAAGCAGGUGGGACCGAACGAUUUCGAGAUCUUGAAGCUUAUUGGCAAGGGAACUUUUGGCCAGGUGUAUCAAGUGAAGAAGAAGGACACACGGCGUAUUUACGCUAUGAAGGUUCUUUCGAAGAAGGUCAUCAUCCAGAAGAAGGAGGUUGCGCAUACCUUGGGUGAGCGUAACAUUCUUGUUCGAACAGCUAUGGCCGCUUCUCCCUUCAUCGUCGGGCUGAAGUUCUCCUUUCAAACACCCACCGACCUUUACUUGGUCACGGACUAUAUGUCCGGCGGCGAGCUAUUCUGGCAUCUCCAGAAAGAAGGACGAUUCCAAGAGGCGCGUGCUAAGUUUUACAUUGCCGAGUUGAUCUUGGCCCUACAGCAUCUUCACGACCACGAUAUCGUGUAUCGUGAUCUUAAGCCGGAGAACAUCCUCCUCGACGCCAAUGGUCAUAUCGCUCUUUGUGAUUUCGGCCUUUCCAAGGCAAACCUCACCCAAAACGAUACCACAAAUACUUUCUGCGGAACGACCGAAUAUCUCGCCCCGGAGGUAUUGCUUGAUGAACAAGGUUAUACCAAGAUGGUCGAUUUCUGGUCUCUUGGAGUCCUUGUUUUCGAAAUGUGCUGCGGCUGGAGUCCUUUCUAUGCCGAAGAUACCCAGCAGAUGUACAAGAACAUCGCCUUUGGCAAGGUCCGUUUCCCUCGUGACGCUUUGAGCACAGAGGGAAGGAACUUCGUGAAGGGCUUGCUCAACCGGAACCCCAAGCACCGUCUUGGCGCCAAGGGCGACGCGAAGGAGCUCAUGGCCCAUCCUUUCUUUGACGAUGUUGACUGGGAGGCACUGGGUCGCAAGGAGGUGAUACCUCCUUUCAAGCCUGUCCUCAAGUCCGAUACGGACACUUCCAAUUUCGACCCCGAAUUCACCAAUGCCCUAGAGAACAACAACUCUCUGAAUGACCGCGCAGCCGCUCUUGCCAACGGGCUGAUGCCUGCGGGGACACCGCUGUCUCCCGGUCUGCAGGCCAAUUUCAAGGGCUUUACCUUUGUGAACGAAAGCUCGAUCGACCACCACUUCAAGAACGAUACUGGCGACCACAUGGUUGAGGAUACCGAGACGUGGCCUCGGGCCCAACAGGUGUCAAGCAACCACAUGGAUCACCGUAUGAGUGGCGUUCAGAGAACUGGUGAAGGCGGCGAGCCCGGGAUCUUCAACGUUGAUGAUAAUUUCGACAUGUGA